AUGGAACCCAAGGCGACGCUGACGGCGUUCGGGCUUUCCACCGACGUCAGGGCCACCGUCCAGCUCAAGAUCGAGCACAUGGACGCCAUCACCGACCCGCAACUCGCAUCGCUCGCCGAUAGGUACCGCCACCCGGACGUGUACAAGACCUACUCGAAGGUGGCUCCUUACCUGGAGUUAUUCAUCGAAGUCACUGCCUAUGAUAAUCACCAUACUCAGAAUAUGCUUCUGGUACCUGUCCACACCAAAUACAGUCCGUUUAAUGGGUCUCUGAGGAGCUGGAACACCACUAUAGCAUUACCCUUGGAUUACCGUCAAUUGCUGCAAGACGCCUACCUCCAGCUACGAGUAUUUGAAGUCACCAAUACCAAGCCUAAUCUAUUUGCUGUGGGGUCAUUAUCCCUUUUCAAUCGCGAAAGCUUUACCCUUCGAAGUGGCCGGCAAAAGGUGGCAGUCUAUAGGGCGUCAAAUCAGGCAAACCCGCCUGUAUGUUACCAAAAGCGGCUUCCAGGACUCACAGUGGAGGAAGAAGACCUUGCUAAAUAUGAGAAUGGCCAGCUUCCUCGGGUUCCUUGGCUAGAUAAGUUUGUUAUCCCUAAAGUGGCGUCGUCCCCAGCUGAAGGAGUGGGUGACUACUCGCUAUAUGUGGAGUUACCGUCAUUUGACUUGCCGAUUGUCUAUUCGGAAUGGCGUAAGCCUGAGACUACGGCUGCGGUGUCAGUGGCUCGUGAAACAUCGCAAACAGUGGCCCCUUCAACGGUGCUUAAUCUGGUGACCAUAUCUCCUGAUACCCAUCAUCAGGUGAUUGAUUACACUAUACCUGGCGAUGAAGACGAUCCCAUAGAAGCGAAAUACCACCGGUUGGAGCGUAACAUCAAUAAUGCGCUUCUCGAUAAGGAAAUCAAGCCUAGUCCCCAAGUGCGGGAUGAGCUUCUCCGCAUCCUUGUCAAAGCCGCCAGUACCGAUCUUAGCGAGUACGAAAAGAAUCUCAUUUGGAAAUUUCGCUAUUACUUCUCCAAGAAUAGCGACACGGGAACAGCGCUGGCUUCGUUUCUUCCCAAAUUUCUCAAAUCAAUCGACUGGGAGAAUGACUCUGAAGUUGACCAUGCUUUCUCAGAUAUUAUCCCUCGUUACUGGACGGUCGAAAAGAUCCAUAUUGGUGAUGCCCUCGAGUUCCUCGGCUCUUAUUUCAACCCGUAUACUCUCUAUCCUACCGGAAGUGCGGCUACUGGGGUCGAUCCAGUCUCCAAGAAUGAAGAGGAAAAGUUCCAAAACGUGGUGACGAAAGUCAGAUUUAUCCGCAAAUUCGCCGUUGAUCGGUUGAAACAAGCGAAUAGUGAAGAGCUUUUGUUAUAUCUUCUCCAGCUUAUUCAGGCGUUGAAAUAUGAGGCUAAGAUUUAUCAUGGAGAUGAGCAGGCAAUUUUAAACCUGCCCCUUACUCAGUUUUUGAUUGAACGGUCAGUUGAGGUACCUAAAUUGGGCAACUACUUCUACUGGUACCUCAAAGUGGAAAAUGAGGAUAUGGUCAACCAAUCCAAAUUGAGCAAGACUCAACCGCCGAUGAUCUACCUGGUUAUUCUCAAUAAGUUUAUUGCUGAACUCAAAAGUUACUGCAGUGGUGGCCAUAAAAAGCUUCCUUAUUACGCUCACCUUAAGCGGCAAAUCUGGUUUGUGAAGAAGCUUAGUGGGUUAGUGGAAUUGAUGAGAACGACAUUUAAGCGGAAUGAGGCUACCGCACGUAAAGUGGAAUACUUGAGAGAGUAUCUCGGCAACAGUCUGAAUGAGUUCCUCAAGUUUCCUGAAACAUUCCCGUUACCAUUGGACCCGCUGGUGAUGGUUUGUGGUUGCUACCCUCAAGAGCUGUCAGUAUUCAAGUCGUCGUUAGCUCCUUUGAAAAUAACACUCAAGACAGUGGAGAUCUCGGGUAAUACAAAGAAAUAUGGUAAGUACCCGAUGAUGUUUAAGAUUGGUGACGAUUUACGCCAAGAUCAAUUAGUGAUCCAAAUGAUCGACCUUAUGGACCAGUUAUUGAAGAAUGAGAACUUAGACCUCAAAUUGACUCCAUACAAGAUCUUGGCGACGCUGCCAGUGGCGGGGAUGAUGCAGUUUGUCCCUAAUGAAACCUUGGAUGAGAUUUUGGCUCAGCUGUACCCUCAAGAUGAUUACCCAGUACAAAUCAAUUCUUCUGAAGUACUUCAACCUAAUGGUAUAUUAUCUUACUUGAGACUCCAUUCUCGAGAAGAUCAACCGGUAUAUGAACCCGCAGCCAAGAGUAUUUGGUACCUGCCCACGGCACUGACCCAUUCUCCUCCGGCUGCCCUCGUCACUGGUACAUCAUCGACGAUGCAUUCCACUUCCCCCCGCAUAUCCAACGACCUUGGUGUGCUGCCAGUUUUAAUGGAGAACUACAUCAAGCUGUGUGCUGGCUAUUGCGUUAUUACAUAUAUAUUGGGUGUGGGGGAUCGCCAUCUUGACAAUCUUUUGCUUUCGCCUAACGGGAAGUUCUGGCACGCCGACUUUGGCUACAUUUUAGGGCGAGACCCUAAGCCAUUCCCCCCACUUAUGAAAUUGCCGAUCCAAGUAAUUGACGGUAUGGGUGGGUUACAUCACGAAAACUUUGGUCUCUUCAAAGGGUACUGUUUCACCACCUACUCAACCCUUCGCAAAAAUCUGAGUUUGAUUAUUAACUUAUUUGAGUUGAUGCUCGACGCUAACAUCCCCGACAUCAAGGUUAAUCGAGGACAAGCGAUUGAAAAGGUGGAAGAGAAAUUCAGAAUUGACCUGACCGAAGAAGAGGCGAUCGUUCACUUCCAAAACUUGAUCACUGACAGUGUGCAAGCGUUUUUGCCGGUGGUCAUCGAUAAACUCCACUCUUUAGCCCAGUACUGGAGAGCAUAA